AUGAACAUUGGUAAUAGUAAAGUUAUUACAUCAUUAAAUAAUCAAUAUGAUGAAUUAAUAGAUGAUUAUAUAAAUUGGCCAUCUUUUUUAAAAAAUUUUUUUAAUAUAAUAAAACUUUCACAAAUUAUAACUGAUAAUAAUUGUAGACAAUUUCAAUCUAUUACUAAGAAGAAAUAUGAGGAAUUAAUAGAUUGGAUUCAAAUGACAUGUUCAUCAACAAAUCAGUAUGAUGAUAUUAUUCAAAGUUUUUUUGGGCAUAUUGAUAAAAGAUGUAAUAUUAAAUUUUUGCCUAUUAGAAUACAUAUUAUAGAUUCAAUAAAUUUAACAAGUGUUAGUCUUCUACGAUAUUACCCUAUAAAAUCUGGAGAAAAUUUGUUAACAUUUGAAGAUAUCUUCAUUGAUAUAGUACCAAUAAGAUAUAUUGACAAAGUAGAAUUAAUUAUACAUGGGAUACGUCCACCACUUAAUACCCCAUUAUUAUUUAUUGCAAUCAAUUGUAUAUAUAUAGAUGGAUUUAUUCAUAUAGUUUUAAAUAAUAAAUAUUAA